GCGUCUACGUCAGCGCGUCGCGGGACGCCGGCGGCCGCUGAGACAUCUACAAGCAACGUGGAGCGCAGGCCUCGAGGCCUGGAGGCUUGAAGAGCAAGGGGGAAGGCAGGAAGGCAGCCAAAAGGCCUCAAAGCCUUCAGACCCAAGAGAGAUCUCAAGGCCAAGAGGGCUGAUAGCACGCAGGGAGGCCAGGGGGUCCAGGUGUGUAAAACCAAGAGGGUGGCCUGGAGGCCUGAAAGCCUAGAGAGAGGCCAGAGUCCAGCCAAGGGACCUAGAGGCCUGUAUACCCAGAGGUAGGCCUGAUGUGAGGUGUAGAGACUUACAGAGUUCAAUAGACCUCAAGUUUAAGAAGCAAUCCAGUCUCAUUUUGAGAGGCAGACACACCUGCCUGGAUACUUUGAGGCUUGCCACGAGGCCUUGAAGCCCCACAAAGCAGUCCUGAACAAGGAGAUCCCAGUCCCUACCCCCAUCGCACUCACUUCUGCUGGGCUGGUCCCCUUGUGAUGGUUGAUACCUGAUGGAUGUUGCUAAGAGUAUUGUGGUGCCAUAAUGUCUGGCUGGCAAUGCCCACAGGAUACAGUUUCUGGGCUCUUAGCUGAGUGACACAGUCAGAUGCACUCAAGAACACAGAGCUAUUAGUUACAGCCAACUGCAUAAAGCAGAUCACAGCCCAACACUCUUUCACACUGAGCCGCUAGUACUCUCAGCAGCAGAUCUCCCCAAAUAGCCCUCCUAAUUAGGGCUAGGUGCUUAUCAAGGCAUCCCCAGCACUGCUGGGGCUCAAGAGAAUGUACUUCCUAUUAGUAAUUGUGGCCCUGCAGAGCUGGGCAAGAUUGGUGUAACCAUUGAGCAGGAAGAGAGUCACACACCCACCUUGCGCUAUUUCCAGUCAUGCUCUUUGCUCAUAACAUGGUGUUCUCACACAAAGCCUCACAAGGACUCGGGUUUCUCACCACAUGAUGUCUGUGGGGCACAGGCAGCACAGACGUGGGGCCCAGGACGUGCUGAACAUGAGAGUAUUGUUCUGUUCCAGCCCUGGGCACUGCUUGGGGACACUGCGGUGUUGCCGUGGGUGCUGGGCAGCUGGCUGGAAUGUGAAGUUUCCCAGGCUGUGAGAUUGCAGUGGUUUCUUAGUGCCAUUGUGUUCCAUAAUCAACAGCAUCACUUUUGAAUCAAGUGUCCUGUGCUAGCCAGGCCAGGACUGGGACAUGUGUGGACUCUGAAGUCUUUGUAAAGCGGUGUGGGACUCGUGGGAGCACUGUGGCUGUCACCAUGUCCUCAGGGACUGCGUCGUGUUGGGCUGCCGCUGGAGGAAGCAGCGAGCCCUGCAGCCCUUCAGCAAAAGCAGAUGUUUUUUUCUGUCUGAGGCCUCCCUAAAACCAACAUCGCCCUGUGAGAUGGAGUGAAGGCUGCUCAGCUCGUAGCCGGGCAUGCCUUGCAGCUGGGGCACGCAGCGUUGGUGCCAGGCUCUGGGCAGAGCGAGUCUGGCCAGGCAUGGCCGCGUUCUGUGGGGCCGUGCAACUGCAGCCUCCCCCUCCCUGCAGGCAGCAGCACGGGGCCUCCCUGCGCCUACAAAUCCCAGCAGCACCACGGGCUGCGGGAGGCUGCACUGUAAACAGAGGCUCUGAACUCAGGCCAGACCCCGCCGCUGGCUCCUUCCUUUCCCCUCGGAGAGCUCGGAGGAGGAGGAGGGUCCGGGCGCCCGCCCAGCCGCUCCCCGCUGCGCGCCGCUCCGUGCCGUGUGCCGCGCUCACACUGCUCUGCUCUCGCAGGGACCCGCAGCCAUUUGGAGGAAGUUGGGGAAGCUCCAAACCAGCACUGGAAGGUGGAGGGAGAGGACAACUGCCGCCCCGCUUCAUCCCGAGAGCUUGCGUCCCCCCCGCGUGCCAUCUGGGCCCUGGGGGAACCAUGUCUGCGGGGGGGGCUCCCCAGAAAUGCUGUAACCCAAGGAAGCGCCUCUAGUCCUGUGCAAGACUUUUCCUUUUAAAUUGUCACUUCUUGAAGUUGUGACAGUCAUCGGAGCGCUGGCUGGUCUCAGUGCCUUGUGCCAUCUGUUCUCCUUGUGUUCCUGCCAAACUGCAGCGGAGCUCCGAGGGAGGAAGAGAGGAGUCCUGGGGAGGGAAGAGGGGCGGGAUGGGUGCUGAGCUCUGCAGGAGAGCUGCUUUGGGCUCCUACAGAGGUCUCCUCCUCUGGUCUUGACCCUGGCUUGGUUGGGAAGUGAGGCUCAGCGGUCACAGCUGCAGGUAGCCCGGGUGGAUCACCCUGGAUCAGGAGGGCGGCGGGCACGGGGCAUCGGCCCAGGGUAAGAUCCUCUUGAGGGUCUCUGCCAGGCCAUGCUCUGCUGAUAGGGAAGCUGUGGCAGCUGUGUUGUGCUGAAACAAGUCAGAGGUAUAGUGGGAAAUAUCACAGGGUCCCUGUGACACCUCCUAGCAGCCGGCUCCUGCACGAGGGAAAAGCCAAGGAAGCGCUCAGGGUGCCAUGAUGCUGCCAAGCACUUCUGUGCGUGGUGAAAACCCAGAGAACAGAGAAAACCAAACCGAACCAAACCAGAAAAGCGAUGGCCAGCUGCUGAAACGCCUCUCCUCUCUCCUGGAGCAGCCUGCCCACAUCCUGAACCUGCUGCCUUACCCAGGCUGAAUGAAGUGCCCAGGGCUGGACAUGAGCUGGGUUCUGCGGGUGCAGAGAUCCCCUCUGACCCCUGCACAGGCUACAGAUUUUUCAAGCCCGGUGGCUUGUUCGGUAUUAAACAGUCGGAGGAGCCGUUCCCUGAAGGCCAGCAGAUGCAGGAGGACAGCAAGAUCCUCGUGAGCCCCUGUGCAGUUGAGCCUGUCCGAGCAAACAAGGUGGAGCAGCCUGAUGAGAAGCCCGGGGUUGCUGCAGGCUCUCUGGAGCUGUACCCCACUGGUGCCAGCAGCUCCGGCCGCUGGUUCCAUGGCGGGCAGCGCGCACCUGAGCGGGCAGGCACGGAGCGGGAUGGAGCGGCCGGCCUCAGCCCGGUGCCCUCCAGGGUGGGCUGCUGGGUGCCCCAGCUCGGCACCGGCCCCUUCCGCUGUGCCCAGUGUGGGAAGGGCUUCCGCCAGAAGCAGAGCCUCAUCACUCACGAGAGGAUCCACACCGGGGAGAAACCCUACAGGUGCGGGGACUGCGGGAAGAGCUUCAGCCAGCGCCCCAACCUGCUGACCCACCGCCGUGUGCAUACUGGGGAGCGCCCCUUCCCCUGUACGCAGUGCGGCAAGAGCUUCAGCCAGAAGGCCAACCUCCUGGCCCACCAGCGCAUCCACGCCGCCAACGAAAAGGCGCUGGCGGGGGGGGAGCAGGAUGACGGUGGCUCUGGCAAACCGAAGCUGCGGGCUACGCAGCGCAGCUACCAGGAUGACACCCCUUUUGUGUGCCCUGAGUGUGGGAAGAGCUUCCGGCAGAAGCCCAACCUCAUCACGCACCGGCGCAUCCACACAGGCGAGCGGCCCUUCACCUGCUUCCUGUGUGGCAGGAGCUUCAACCAGAAGACCAACCUGGUGACGCACUACCGCGUGCACACGGGGGAGCGCCCCUUCGCCUGCACCCAGUGCGGCAAGCGCUUCACCCAGAAAACCAACCUCGUGACGCACCAGAGCACCCACACUGACGUUCGCCCCUACCCCUGCGGGCAGUGCCAGAAGUGUUUCAAGGACAAGGUGUCCCUCAAAGCCCACCAGAAGACACAUGCGCCACGCCAGCGGAGGUGCCCAGGCCGGGGACCGGCUCCCACCCUGCCCUUUGGAGCUGCGCCCACACUGCUGCAGCCGGGCAGCCUGGAGCAGGAGGCUCCUUUCAGCUCCAUGCCACCGCUGCCUGUUCAGAAGCUCCCCGAAGGCCAAGAGCUGUACUCGUGCACGGAGAAGGGCUUCCCCUCAAAGGAGCAACUGCUGCCCACACAACAGGCCCCGCUGGGGGAGCAGGCCUUCCCCUGCGUGCAGUGUGGGGAAGGGUUUUGCCCCAAGGUGACUCUGCUCCGGCCGCAGCAUGGCCCCACUGCGGAGGCUCCUGCUGGCUGCACUGCGGGCUUCAGCCCUGGCCCACACCUCCUGGGGCACCUGGGGGUGCAGCCUGUCCUCGGGGAUGGCACAGCCCCCGCACCACCCACCCCCGGAGCGGAGAAGCCCUUCAUCUGCAAUCAGUGCGGCAACAGCUUUGGCCUGUGGAUCUCCCUGGUUGCUCACCAGAAGACUCACGUGGGGCAGAAGUCCUACCAGUGCCCUGAGCAUGACAAGAGCUCCGGAGAUGAGCUGUCCACCAAAUCUCCCCAGGAGAAGGACAUGGAGGGGAGAGCCUGGCUGUGCCCCGAGUGCGGGAGAAGCUUUGUGCAGUAUGAGCGUUUGGUAAAGCACCGCCAGAACCACCGGGGCCGGGGUCCUUAUCGCUGCGAUGUCUGCGGGAAGAGGUUCAGCCUGAAGACCAACCUGGUGACUCACCAGCGCAUCCACACCGGUGAGCGGCCCUUCACCUGCGGCGUCUGCGGCCGCCGCUUCAACCAGAAGGGCAACCUGGUGACGCAUUACCGCACGCACACCGGGGAGCGCCCCUUCGCCUGCACCCAGUGCGGCAAGCGCUUCGCCCAGAAGCCCAACCUCAUCGCCCAUCAGAAGACCCACUCGGGCAGGCAGCCCUUCACUUGCCUGGAAUGCCCCAAGCGCUUCAAGAGCAAGCUCUCCCUCCGGGUCCACCAGCGUGUGCACGUGGUGGAGAGGCCCCAGAGCGAGCCAGGCCCUGGCCAGACACCACCCAGCCUGCAGAGCCACCCCGGCAGCCCGUACCCCUGCUCGCUCUGUGGGGAGUCCUUCGAGGAGCACGGCGAGCUGCAGCUGCACCGGCAGGGCCACACUGGUGAGCGACCGCACGCCUGUGCCGAGUGUGGCAAGCGCUUCCGGCAGAAGGUGAACCUGGCUGUUCACCAGAGGACCCACACCGGAGAGCGGCCCUUCCACUGUGCCGAGUGUGGGAAGGGCUUCAGCCAGAAGGCUCACCUCCUCCGGCACCGCCGGACGCACACCGGUGGUGUGCCACCUUCCUGCUGCGAGGGGACCUGCCCGGCACAUCGCGAGGAGCCGGACGCCGGCACUGCCCUGGGGAAGGGCCCCGCACCCCCUGGCACGCUGCUGCCUCCCUGCUCCCGUGGAGCCGUGCAGGGACCGCUGCCACGGGAAGAGCUCCGGCCAGCAGCACAGCCCGGCCCGAACAGAGCAGAGAGCCCAUCUGGGGCCGCAGACAUCCUUCUGCAGCUGAUGCAGGAAGAGCAGCACCUGGUGUCUGGCUCACAGCACCCACAGGAGGCACCUGCAGGGCAGUGCCCCUGCAAGUGCUCCGAGGGUGGGGAAGGGCUGGGUGGGAAGCCCACCCUGCAGCCACAGUGCUGCUGCGCCGACUGCGUGACCCAGAGGCAGCUGCUGCUGAAGCCCCAGCAUGACUGCCGUGCUGAGAUCUGGUGCAAGUAUGGUGGCUGCGGCAGAAGCUUUGAGGACAAGAGAGUCCUGAGAGUGCCUGAGAGAGCGCACAGCGAAGAGAAAACCUCGCCGUGCCCCAGCUGCUUGUAACACGCCAGCUGCCACGAGCCCACCCAAGCGAGGGACUGUACCUUGUUGCUCUUGCAGUAGGGACACCAAGCCUGGCUAGGUGGGAGCUCACGCCAAGAGUCAACUGCUGACCAAAUGCGGACCUGUAAGAGUCUGAGGCAGGGCAGGCUGCAAAUCCAAGCCUGGGGGGCUCAGGAGGACUGUGGUGGUUCUUGGGAACAGGACACUUGUGAGUGAAGCACCCUGGAGGUGGGGUGCGAGAUGCAGCAGGUUGGUCAUGAGGCAGUGGAUGGACCCGGACACAACGUGUGAGCUUUCUGUGUUAUGAACAUACCAAAUCUGUAAGACAGGUGGAGCAGAGGAGCAGCAGGCACUGGAUCAUGGGUCUGCAGCACUUCUGCCAGCACCUGCCUGUGAAGAGUUGGAUUGUGAGGGAUGGGGAGGAGCUUGGGAUCCUGCAUGCUGACUUAAGGAUCGCUUCUGCCGUGCAGGAAGCCGGGCAGAGGCAUGUCUGCUGGGGCCUGGCUUCAGGCUGAGCACUGCAGUCCUGCAACAUGCAGACCCGGCGUGGGGCAGAGAGGGGCCUUGGUGGGCUGGGAGCUUCUGCCGGAGCCCUCCGUCCUCAUUGUCCAGACUGAUGUCCCUCCACAAAAUGUCUGAGGGAUGGAGAGCUGUGCCCCGCUGUUGGCUGCCCACCAGCGUGGGGAGAGGAGGAGCAGCUUCGCUGGGGGAUGAGCGAGCUGCAGAAGGGCAGCGAUGGGUCCCUUCCUGCCUCCAGGACCCUUAAGGAUCGCAGCUAAGCAUCUCCUCCGAGCCGGGAGGGGUAAUACAGGGUGAAUAUGGGGGGUGGGAAUAGGGAAUGUAGCUUCUGCUUCUGUACUUGCUCUGUGGAUAACCUUUCUGACUAGCACCUCUUUCUGGUACUCACCUAACUUCUGCAUAGAUAACCAGGAGUGCCGGGCAGUGGUGUCUGCACUGCCCACAGCUGCUCUGGGCGAGCAGUGUGGAGCUGUCUGGCUGGGGCAGGGCUGUGGGGCAGAGCUUUAGGGAUGGGAACUGCUGGCCUGGAAGUAGUUCCCGCUUGGAAACGCGCUUCGCAUAAAGGGGGAAACAAAUCUUGCCUGCUGUGCCCAGAAAGGCCAGCUUGCCAUUGCUCCCCUCAUGCUGUGAUCUGUGCAGCCAGCCCCAGCCCCAGCAGCACACCCCUAUCUCGCUUUGCUCGGCUGCAGAGCCUCCUUGCUUCCAUAGUUUGGCAAAGACCUUCGCUGAGGACGCGUGGGAUACUGUUAGCAGUGCCCGGUGCGGUGCGGCACAAUCCUGGGUGUGCUCUGCCUGCCACCACCUCCUCCCCUGUGUUUUGGGGCAUAUCUCGGAGCGUAGCAUAAGGGAACACUUCUUGUUGUGCAGUGAGAAGUACUGCACCAGCAGCCCAGCACAGGUGGGGUCUCCAUUCCUGGAGAUGUCCAACACCCAAAGGCACACGGCCUGGGGCAGUGGGCGUGGUGGCCCCAAUGGACAGGGAUAGGGCAGACAAUAACCAGAGCUGCUCAGCUCCAGGGCUUGGAGCAGCCACGAGGGCACACCGGGAUGGUCCCGCUGGACCUGCACGCUGGGUAAGGAUGUUUUCCAUUAGCAAAGUGCCCAGCUGGUGGCACGACCACGCGAGGGGCGGUGGCGUCCUGGCAUGGGGUCCCCGGCUCCAUCCCCAGGCAGGGAGUGGGCAUUGCCCCCUCCAGCACUCAGCCCCGCUCCCUUCCUUCCACCCAGCAUCAUGCUCCAGCGACAUUUCAGGUCCUUGCAACUCUAUUUUUUUGAGGUUAUUUAAAAUAAAAGCUUUCUCACAGCA